CGGUGGUCCUCGAGUCUCCCGGCACCCUUGCCAAUUUAACCGGAAAUAAGUGCACCAUGUUUGAAGUGUUUUACCAGUGCAGCUAUAACUAUAUACCAUCAAGUUUGCGGUAUACUGAGUGUGAACGUCAACACACGGAAUUACGUAAAGUAGCGUACAAUAACGUCGCGAACGUGGCGAGCAACGUCAACAACGUCCCCUUACUGUCAGACUUCACAGACUGCGUGGAUCGGCCGGUGGUGACUCCUGGUGACGUUUGUAACAGCCCCGAUAAGCUGCUGGCUAUCGUGGACACGCGCUGCUACCGGAAGUUCCGUCUCCUUACUGAUUCCAACGUCUGUCAAAUUCUCAGUGAGUUUGUAUACGAGUGCAGUCCGUUGGUUCUCGGCCAGCUAGGAAUUACAUGCGCAGACGACAGUGUUAUGCACGCACUGACAACGCUCUCUGACGUCAUCAAACAAGCAUACUACUUGGAUGUUGGAAAGUUGCAAGCAGAGAACGAAGGAAAUUCUGCCCUGUGGACGGAGCGACAGGAGACAUCUCCGUGCGCAGCGGCGCUCGACCGGAAGUUGUUCUCCAUCAGCAACCAGUGCUCGGUGGUCCUCGAGUCGCCCGGCACCAUUGCCAAUUUAACCGGAAAUAAGUGCACCAUGUUUGAAGUGUUUUACCAGUGCAGCUAUAACUAUAUACCAUCAAGUUUGCGGUAUAUUGAGUGUGAACGUCAACACACGGAAUUACGUAAAGUAGCGUACAAUAACGUCGCGAACGUGGCGAGCAACGUCAACAACGUUCCCUUACUGUCAGACUUCACAGACUGCGUGGAUCGGCCGGUGGUGACUCCUGGUGACGUUUGUAACAGCCCCGAUAAGCUGCUGGCUAUCGUGGACACGCGCUGCUACCGGAAGUUCCGUCUCCUUACUGAUUCCAACGUCUGUCAAAUUCUCAGUGAGUUUGUAUACGAGUGCAGUCCGUUGGUUCUCGGCCAGCUAGGAAUUACAUGCGCAGACGACAGUGUUAUGCACGCACUGACAACGCUCUCUGACGUCAUCAAACAAGCAUACUACUUGGAUGUUGGAAAGUUGCAAGCAGAGAACGAAGGGAAAUGUAUAGAUAAAUCACGAUUGCAGCAGGCAGGAACGUUGUGAACGGAUGACAUACUGUGACUUGCUAGAAGCAUAAAGCAUUUACAUUUGCUCAAAAAUAGUGCCCAUCUACUCCAUGUAUCGACGUGUUC